AUGCCUGUACACCCUCUCAUCAAGAAGGCACAUUGGAUCCCCGCCAUCCUCCUUGGAGUUUAUGGGCUCUUCCUCGUCCUUCUCACUGUCGGGACCGUACAGCGAGAACUAAUCUUCCUGCAUCAUAUACCCAUACCCUUGUCCGCCGACUUUGCCCAUCCCGAGCAGUAUGGACUUGCACCUUUCAAAACAAGGAAUCUUGCUCUGAAUUCGACUAACGGAGUUUCUCUCGGAGCAUGGCAUUUACUGCCGAGAUCAGUGUAUGCUUCGUCCACGCCUUUCCCUCCGAAAAGUGCUCUAGCUGCAUCAGACUUUCAUCAAGCUUUCCGAGACAGACCCACGAUAAUCUACUUCCAUGGCAAUGCUGGAAACAGAGCAGCAUCACAUCGCGUCCGUAGUUAUUUGUCCUUUUCCAGCUCACUCGACUGCAACGUGUUGGCCAUAGACUAUCGCGGGUAUGGUGACUCUACUGGCAGUCCAUCAGAGCAGGGUGUGCUUGAGGAUGCAAGGGCGGCUUUCGAUUAUGUGACAAGUUUCACUGGGAUUGAAAACGCAAAGGAGAAAGUGAUACUGGUCGGCCAAAGCCUGGGCACAGGCGUCGUUUCAGGUCUAGGUGGGCUCCUCGCUCGAGAAAGUAUCACGCCCCGAGCACUUGUCUUGAUUGCGCCCUUCUCAUCCGUCACGGAGCUUCUCACCAGUUUUAGGCUUUUCAAAUUCAUUCCACUGCUGGGACCUAUGAGCUCCGUACCCCGCCUGCAGACCUACUUCCGGUCAUUCCUGCAGCAUCCUUUCAACUCUCGUGCUGCCCUGCAAGACGUAGCAGCACCGGUAUUAUUACUCCACGCUGUCAACGAUGACACCAUCCCUCACACACACUCAUCUGUACUGUUUGGGUCUCUCAUGGCGCCGUAUGUCACUGGAGGGGACGAUAUCGAAGGGUUCGAAGAAAGACAGUACGAAGGAUGGGGGACAGUGCGAUCUUUUCAGAGAGGGGAGAAAGGCCAAGUCAUAUGGUGGGAAGGGAUACACGGUGGGCACAAUGAUCUUGGAUGGGCUGAGGGCACGUUGGACCUGAUAGCCCGGGUUGCUGGGUUGGAGUGA